GAUGGGCGCUUAAGAGGUUCCUUAUUAGUGGCCGAAGUUCACCGUCAGUGGCCAUUGCGCUCUUCUUUCUUCACAACAAUAUGCCUCAUUAUUCAAGAAUGAAACAUCAUUUCACAGACAAAUCCAGUCUGGAAUAUAUCAUCAAUCAUGUAUUUUUCCCCCUCAAGUUGCCGCAAAGGAGUGACCAUUCCCUUGAAAAUAACUUGGCCUUAUCUCAGGCGGUACUGGAUGCUGCUUUCGCCUUCAGCGACCAGCUCUCGUCAGAUAAGCUGCUGCUGUGGACGAGCAACUUGAAAAUGCUUCGGAACUUCAGAGAUUCGAUCAGAUUCAGCGUGAUGUCAGUCGAAUCUCAGAUCAAUGCUAUGGACAGCAAAGAUGUCCUUGUAUAUAUGAUUCGCGCACAAAACGCUGCGGUGGUCAUGAGAAACUUGAAUGCGAGACCAUAUUCGAAUCAUUCGAAAUCUCUCCCGACCCAGCCGCAGUGAUGGGUGCAAAGGGAAAGUUGAUUUGUUCGUAUCCUAGACCCGCUAUCACAGUCCCGGAUACGAACAUUGCCAACGCUACCUUUCUUGCUGAGCUCGCGAAUUUUAUUGUUCGCAUGGAUCGAGAUGU